AUGUACACUGAAGCCUUCAACGGUGACACAGACAGUAUGACAUCCACACAGAGGUGGUUAGAGAAGGGUUGGGCACUGUUGCAGCUAUUGUCGGUUAUGUCUGUCCCACAGGCUGAGAGGUCUGUGUGCAGGCUGAGCGGGGAUGCAGAAUACCCCCAGGUGUCCAUGGAUGGGGACAUCAUAUUGGGAGGAAUUUUCUCUUUCCACAGGCGCUGGGAAGUAGGACUGCAUACCUACGAGAAUAAACCACUGUCACUGCAGUGCAUCAGUCUGAAUUUCAGAGGCUUCCAGUAUGCCCAGGCUACGCGCUUUGCCAUAGAAGAGAUUAAUAACAGCACAGACCUGCUUCCAGGGAUCUCCCUGGGCUAUCAGAUCUAUGAUUCAUGUGGAUCCAUCGCUAGAGCUGUGAAAGUCUCUCUUGCCCUGGUCAAUGGUAAUAACAUGGUAUCUGCACCGUCUGAGGAACCAUGCACGAGACCUGCUCAAGUGCAGGCCAUCAUGGGAGAGACCUUUUCCUCACCUUGUAUGGCUAUAGCGACUGUGAUGGGACCCUUUUCUAUCCCUCUGAUCAGCCAUGCAGCUACUUGUGCUUGUCUGAGUGAUAAAACAAAGUACCCAUCCUUCCUCAGAACCAUACCCAGUGACUACUACCAAAGCAGAGCCUUGGCCCAUCUGGUCAGGCACUUUGGUUGGACUUGGGUUGGAGCUAUCAGGACAAAUGAUGAUUAUGGGAAUAAUGGCAUGGCCACAUUCACAGCAACCGCCCAACAGCUGGGCAUAUGUCUCGAGUACUCAGUAUCUAUCUAUAGAACAGAUCCACCUGAAAAGGUACAAAGGAUAAUUGAUACUAUAAAGGCUUCUACUUCCAAGGUCAUAAUCGCUUUCCUCUCUGCCUCUGAUAUGAAUUUUUUAACAAACAUAUUGUCUCACCAUAAUCUGACUGGGUACCAGUGGGUGGGCAGUGAGGGCUGGAUCUUUGAUUCCCAAAUUGCAGCCACUGGUGGGAAUCACAUUCUGGAUGGUGCUAUAGGCCUGUCAAUCCCUAUAGCACAAGUCAGUGGAAUGAGAGAGUUCAUGAUGGAUGUGAAGCCACUGAUUUUAUCUGGUAAUAAAAUGUUUACAGAGUUUUGGGAGACAAUAUUUAGCUGUAAGUUUAAAAAGACAGCAAUAAACCAGAAAGAAUGUACCGGACAGGAGGAUCUAACUGGAGUGCAACACGGCUUCACUGAAUUGCCUCUCAUGCCAUUUUUCAAAAAUCUUUACAAAGGAGUGUAUGCAGUGGCCCAUGCACUUCACAAGAUUCUCCACUGUAAUGAAACAUGUGACACUAAAGUUCAGCUAGAUCCAUAUAUGAUUUUACAGCACAUACAGAAGAUUCAGUUUAAAACACAGGAUGGAGAUGAAGUUUACUUUAAUGAGAAUGGAGACCCUCCAGCAAAGUAUGAAAUUAUAAACUGGCAGCCAAAAGAAGAUGGCAUGGUGGACUUUGCCAUAGUUGGUCUUUAUGAUGCAUCUCUACCUGAAGACAAACAGCUGAUUCUGCAAAAUAAAUCUUUAAUGUGGGCACAGAGCUCAAAAAAGGUUCCUCUGUCUGUUUGCAGCGAGAAAUGCCUCCCAGGAACUCGCAAGGUUCUCCAGAAAGGGAAACCUAUCUGCUGCUACGACUGCUUAAAAUGUGCAGAGGGAGAGAUAAGCAACAUUUCAGAUUCUAUCACCUGUGAACAAUGCCACCCUGAAUUCUGGUCUAAUGAGAGAAGAGAUGCCUGUGAGAAGAAAGAGGUCGAGUUUCUAUCAUAUCAUGAGAUUUUGGGUGCCCUGCUCACCUCAGCGUCUCUAUUGGGAACAUGCAUGACUGCUAUUGUGGCCUUCAUUUUCUUCAGGCACAGGCAGACUCCUAUUGUGAGGGCCAACAACUCUGAGCUGAGCUUUUUACUGCUCUUUUCUUUGACUCUGUGCUUCUUGUGUUCUCUGACCUUCAUCGGCCGGCCCUCCGAGUGGUCCUGCAUGCUGAGACACACAGCAUUCGGCAUCACAUUUGUCCUCUGUAUCUCUUGUGUGCUUGGGAAAACUAUAGUGGUGUUAAUGGCCUUCAGGGCGACACUUCCAGGAAGUAAUAUGAUGAAGUGGUUUGGGCCUGCACAGCAGAAACUCAGUGUUCUUGGAUUCACUCUUGUACAGAUUAUAAUAUGUAUUCUCUGGUUAACAAUUUCUCCUCCUUUUCCCUUCAAGAAUUUUAAAGAUUUCAAGUACAAAAUCAUAUUAGAGUGUGCUUUAGGUUCUGCUAUAGGCUUUUGGGCUGUCCUUGGGUAUAUAGGACUGUUAGCCAUGUUGUGUUUUGUUCUUGCUUUUCUGGCACGUAAACUGCCUGAUAAUUUCAAUGAGGCUAAAUUCAUCACAUUCAGCAUGCUGAUAUUCUGCGCAGUAUGGAUCACUUUUAUCCCAGCAUAUGUCAGCUCUCCUGGGAAGUUUAGUGUUGCUGUGGAGAUAUUUGCCAUUCUGGCCUCCAGUUAUGGGCUUCUCUUCUGCAUUUUCCUGCCAAAAUGUUUCAUCAUUUUGUUUAGACCUGAGCAGAACACUAAGAAACACAUCAUGGGUAAGACAUCAAAUAAUGACAUACAUCAUUAA